AUGGACGACAGUGAUGAAGAACAACAACUUCAGAAUGAACGUCGAUCUGGAAGUUCCUCUAGGCCAAAGAGAAGAACAACGGUAGAUCGAGGUCGUGAAGAAGGGCACAAUCGAUUAUUCAAUGACUACUUCUCGGAAAACCCAGUAUACACAGAUGUUCAAUUCCGAAGAAGGUUCAGAAUGCAUAGGCAUGUAUUUCUUCGGAUUGUAGAUGCCCUUGGAAAUCAUGAUGAAUAUUUCCAAAUGAGGGUCGAUGCAACUGGUAAAAUGGGUCUUUCACCAUUGCAGAAAUGUACAUCUGCUAUUCGUAUGCUGGCGUAUGGGUCUUCUGCUGACCUUGUAGACGAAUAUGUUCGAAUCGGUGAAAGCACUUCAAUUGAGUGCUUAGAAAGAUUUGUUAAGGGUGUCAAUGUUGUAUUUGGCGCUGAGUCCCACAAAAAACUCAAAAAUGGGUUUACGGUUGGAGAUGCGACUUAA